AGACUCAAAACCACACACACACAUUCGCCCCAAUCUUGCACAGAACCAGAAGAAAACCAAAGUCGAUCCCACCGCUUGAGCUCCUCGGUUGGUUCUUGGAUUCUUUGCUGUUGCAUCGGUCGUCAAAUGGCCGCGACGUCGAUCUCGGCGGCGACCUUGAAAGGCGGGUUUGGGUCCCCGUUCCACGGGAGCUGGGGGAGUUCGGUCAUGGGCGAGGGCCACCAUGCUCUGAUCGCGAAGUCGGCGGUAAGAGUGAAGGUGGCCAGCAAGCCGGCGAGGUGCCAACCGGUGAUGAAGAACGUCAAUGAAGGGAAGGGGCUGUUCGCGCCGGCCGUGGUGGUGACGAGGAACCUCAUCGGGAAGAAGCGGUUCAACCAGAUCCGGGGCAAAGCCAUUGCUCUUCACUCGCAGGUGAUCACAGAAUUCUGCAAGGCAAUUGGAGCUGAUGCAAAGCAAAGGCAAGGGCUGAUCCGAUUAGCCAAGAAGAACGGGGAGAGGCUGGGGUUCCUUGCCUAAGACGAAUCGAAGAUUGAUCAUCCCCAGUGCAUUUGUUUAUUUCAUGGGACGAAAAAUGUUUUGGCCCAAUUAGCAUAUGAAAGUAUAUGUCUGGUUCCCCCCCUACAUACAUUUUCUUCUUGCUUGUUGCUAGAGUUUCCAUUUAAUGUAGUUAUAUACUUGCGUGUGAUGAGCUUUCUC